GCUGACACUGACAAUGUCAGCUUAGCUCAGCUGAGAAUGGAAGUGUCAGACGAAAUAACUAAAUCUUGCGAGCAGUAAAUAAUCAAAAAAUGGAAACGGCAAUCGCCACAAGAGUUCCAGAUAACGUUCUCGAAGUGAUAUUUUCCUUCCUAUCUCUCCACGAUCUUAGAAACUGUUCUCUAGUUUGCAAACGGUGGUACGCUUUCUUAAACGACGAAAAUAACGAUGUGUGGCGACUACAUUGUAUCAGAAAACUUGCCGAGGAAGCACUGAAAUCCGACCUCCUGAGUUCAGUGCCUACUUACAAAGCCAAACUGCGUGCCUUUCACCACGCUUGGAACCCUAAUGACUGCUCUAGAAAUAUUUUUGUCAAACCCAAUGGGUUCACAUUACAUCGAAAUCCUGUGGCACAAAGUACCGAUGCUUCUAGGGGCAAAAUAGGGUUCCGGCACGGCAGGCAUACUUGGGAAGUUAUAUGGGAGGGCCCCUUGGGGACAGUGGCUGUCAUAGGGAUUGCUACAAAGGAUGCCCCAUUACAAUGCCAUGGAUAUGUGGCACUCCUGGGAUCAGAUGAUCAAAGUUGGGGAUGGAAUUUAGUGGAUAAUCAUUUAUUGCAUAAUGGAGAUGCACAGGGAAAUUAUCCUAUGCUUAACAAUGCUCCUAAAUAUCAAGUUGGAGAAAGAAUAAGGGUUAUAUUAGAUUGUGAUGACAAUACAUUAUCCUUUGAAAAAAAUUAUGAAUUUCUAGGGGUUGCAUUUAGAGGCCUGCCUGAUAAAAAGCUGUACCCAACUGUGUCAGCAGUCUAUGGUAACACUGAAGUCUCCAUGGUCUACCUCGGCCCCCCAUUGGAUGGCUAACACACUACUGAACAUAUUUAGCAAUUUUCUAGCUGUAUAGAACAAAGAAGACAAUUCGAGGAGAGAGAUUCUGCAUGUCUGUUCCCAAAGAUGGUUUAUUCAAGGUUAGUCCGGUUUGCCCAUGUGAUAUGAUAACAAUGCCAUAUUUGAUAUUGAGUUUCAAUGUUUUAAAAGAACAUGCAUGACUUUCUUCAGGUAUCUUAGUUGGUCAGGGUUUUUUUUAACAGAAAAUAAUUGAUGAGUGAAUGGAAUUGCCAGCAUAUGUAUGCUACUUCUAUUUGCUUAUUAUUUUUUGUUGAGCUCAGCUUAAGAUGUGAAAUCAUUGUUUGAUUUCUACACUUUUCCUCAUUAUACAGGGUGUUCCUCAGAGGUUUGUACAAAAUCUCGGCACAUAUUCCUGAGCUCAAAAUAAGCUGAUUCAAAGCAACUUACC